AUGGACAUAAACUUACUUCUGUACCAGUUCCAGAGAAGAUGGUGGCCUCUGUGCUCACCUUGUUCACCUCAAGUAAACAUGUUCAACUUGAUGAGCAACUGCUGCACCUGGGUCUCCAAAAUACAGGAGCCAAUCAGGAGAGUGACCAUUCUUGUGGUCGGUCUUGACAAAGCAGGAAAAACUUCUUCUAUCAGAGGGAUGUUAAGAGUCCCCCAUGGUGUGGAAGCAGGACCCACCCAUGGCUGCGUACGAAAUGAGCUGAGAGUGGAGAACUACCUGGUCACCCUGCUGGAUGUAGGAGGAUCAGCAGAGUCGAGAGGAGGCUGGAGGGAGCUCUACGGGGAAGCCCAUGGGAUCAUCUUUGUGGUGGACUCUGGUGACAGGCAGAGGAUAAAGGAGGUCAAGGAGGUUCUGGCUGACCUGCUGAAACAACCAAGAGUGGCAGGAAAACCAAUAUUAGUGUUGGCAAACAAACAAGACAAAAUGAACGCUUUGCUGGGAAGUGAACUGAUUGAAAUUCUGUCUCUUGAGAAGCUGGUCAACCAGAGCCGCUCUCUGUGCCAUAUUGAGCCUUGUUCAGCCUUAAUGGACCUGAGACGAUGGUCGGACAGAAAGACUCUACGAGGUCUUCGCUGGCUGCUGCGUGCUGUUUGUCUGGAUUAUCCUGAGCUGUGCACCCGUGUAGCCCAGGACAACAAGAGAGCUCUGGAGCCAAGAGAGAGGGAGAGGAAUGGAAAAACAGAGAAAGUCCGCAGAAAAACCAAAGUGGAACGAAUCCGAUCCAGCAAGUCAGAUCUUCGCCAGGUUCAUCGGCCUAAAGACAAGGAGAAAAAGACCAAGCGUGAAGGAAAACUGCAACCCAUUCGAAACAUGCUGCAGAAGGAGUCCACACUAAAAAAGAAGUUGAAGACAAAGAAAAAGAACAAGCCAGUCAAGGUCAAGGAGGGUGAAGAAGAUCAGGAAGAGGCAAAUGAACAGGAGGAAGAGGAAGAAGAGGGUGACGGUAAUGAAGGAGAGCAGGAAAAUUCUGGUCAUAGAGAGAAAGCCAGCAGUGCCCUGAUCCCACCCAAAAAAGGAAAACUGAAACGCAAAACAAAGGUGAAAGAAGAGAGUCUGAACAAGUCAGAAUCACUGGACAAUGAUGAGAAGCCACUGAAAGCUGCAGGGGAAAAGAAGAAGAAGAAGAAAGUUGUGAAAGUAAAAAGGAAGAACAAAAUCAACACAGAAGAGAUGCCUGAAGCUUACUCUCAACCUGUGGAUCUUUCUGCGACCUUUGAUCUUUACCGAAAAGCAAUACUGGCUCUGAAGGAACGUCAGGAUCAGGGACAGUGAGAGUGAGUCCUGGUUGUGUCCUGCCAGCUGAGUGUGAGGAUGUGGUCCACAGCAGUAGUAUACAACACACUACAUCACUUCAAAAACUCUCUCACCCUUCUU